GCUUUUGUGGUUGUCCACUAUGAUUUUACCUUACACUAACUUACUUAACCCUGUAAAUUGAGCCAUGAGCCAAAUUUUAUUUGGACAUAUAACUUGGCAUAGAAACACCAAAUUAAGUGUCUUAUUAAACUUAUGAUUGUCUAAUUUAAUUUGGCUUUGGAACUUCCUCACCCAAAUUGGAACAGUCUAUGUGUCUCUGGAUGAAUUUGGGAUUUCAAUAGAUUCUUCUUGCAAAAAAUUAUGAGAUAAGCUCAUUCAAGAGGAUGGCAGGAGCAAAAGCAUGUUAUGAAUGCAGCUACUCGUGACAGGUGUUCUGGUUCCUUUUAUGUGUGUUGGUUUCUUAUGGAGCCACGUGUUGGCAUCAAGUUACAUGCAUGCACACCGCCACGAGCUUCUUAGUUUGAAGAAUUAUAUAAGAACCCACACACACCUUGUAGUGUAGUCUUCUACAUUCUACAACUUCGAACUGAUAGAGUAACAGUCUAACAGAGUGCUGCUAAAAGCGAAGGUUUGUUUGAAUUAAGUUGAAGAAGGAAGAGGAAAUGGCUGAAGCGCAAAUAAGAGAUCAAUACGGCAAUCCUAUCCAGCUCACUGAUCAAUUCGGCAACCCCGUCAAGCUAACCGACGAGCACGGCAACCCCAUCCACCUCACCGGCGUCGCAACCACCACUCCUACCACGGUGGCUGAUCUCAUAGCCACCGAGCGAGCCACCGAUCAGGCUGGUGGUACUGGACAGCUUCGUCGCUCUAAUUCCAGCUCAAGCUCUAGCUCGAGUGAAGAUGAUGGGGAAGGUGGGAGAAGGAAGAAGAAGGGCAUGAAGGAUAAACUAAAAGAGAAGAUACCAGGUGUAGGAGGAGGAGGAGGGAAUGAACAAUCUCACAAUACAGCAACAACAACAACAACAACAGCCUCUGCUCCUGGUGCUCCACAUCAAACCGGGGAGAAGAAAGGUUUUAUGGAAAAGAUCAAAGAAAAAUUGCCGGGCGUCCACCACAGCCACUGAUGAAGCUAUGUUUAUGUGAUGUUAUGAGUUCUGUCUUUUUACAUCAUGGGCAUUUCGGAGCAUGUUAUUAGUAUAUUGUCUAGUUGCAAUUAUGCUUAAUUUGUACUAUGUAUAAUCCAGAAGUGCUUUCUAGAAUCAUUGCAUAUAUGAAUGUGUUAUGUGUUUACUCAAUAUGAGUACCACUGUGGGUUCUGAUUUUAAUUUAGCACUUGCUUGUGAUAUCUAGUUCAAGUUAUGCUUUUGUUAUUGGGGAUUUGGGGAUUGGUUUUAAUGUCAUCUCUCAUCCUUUUUCUCAUCUCACACGCGCACUCAAACUUCCUCUCUUAUCUUUUCCUUUUAUCCCACACCCCAACCUUCCUCUCUUAUCUUUUCCUCUCAUCCCACACACCAUAUCCAUACUCACGCACUCAAUCUUCUCCUUCUGCCAUUUCCUCCGCACUCAACCUUCUCCAUACCACACACUCUUCUCCUUCUCCUUUCCCCAGCUCAGCCCUCCUUUCCCUCUCAACCCCCGCACUCUUCUCCUUUCUUGGGCGAUCCAUACUCUUGCCCGUCAGUCUUCUCCGCCACCGCCAGCCACGCCGUGUUUACAUUAGUUAGUUGUUAGUAAAUUAGUACAAAUUAUUCAUCCUCAAGGUUCGAACUCUAUCCUUCACAUAUAAUUACACUUUGUUCAA